AUGACCCCAUCAAGGCGAUCCAUCAAUGGGCGAGAUAUUCACCGGCCGGUUGAUAGCCCUGAGGCGCUCGUCCUCAAAGCGUGGGCGCAAGGCCUUAUGGUAGGGGCCUUGUUUGUUAUGACCGCCGUUACCUACGCAAACAUGCGGGCCAGUGUUAUGCAUAAGUUGAUUAUAUUGGAACUAUUGCUAGCACUCCCCCAUGGGGCGUUUGCCUUCGUCCCAGAACCUGCCUACGGCCGGUAUCUGCUUGUCACAGCUGUUGGGCUGAUCAUUUCCUGGUCAUUGCAUAAUGUCAUCGCUUGGAUGAAGGGAAGCACUCUUCAGAGACCCUGGUGGAUCUACACUGCCUGCAAUAUCUUCUGGGUCAUCAAGAGACACUACAGUUUUGGGGCCAUUGAGCUCAUCCGGGGGGCCCCACGAUUCGGCCUCAUGCCCAUAUCAAUCUGCUUGUCAAUUGUGUUUAUGUUACUCGAUCUAUCAGCUGUGACAGACGUGAUCCGAGGUGCGGUUGACCGGGGAAUAAAUCCUUUCUGGAAGCUAUGUCUUGUGUUCAAGUGUCUCUGCGACAUGAUCAUUCUGGAUGAUUUCAAGACUGCUCUUGACAAGCUCAGUGCGUGA